AUGUGCCUUCAACGUGUAAGCCCCAAGCUCAAUAUCCGUUUUGCCCAACCCCUCGGCUCCGUGGCUCUCGGCGAGUCAUACGCAGCCCUAGUAGUACCACUAUCAGCGUUGUCAACUCUUCGCACGGCGUCGGUUGUUCCACCGCCGCCUUUCCCAAACGAGUCGUUCCCAGUACUAGUAGUACGGAGUGAUUGCGGAGGCAGGGGUUCAACAAGUAGCAGUAAAAUGGGAGGGUGGAGAGACUGGCUCGGAAAAGGUGGAGGGGUUGGAGAAAAAGAGGAAGAAACGGCAGGGGCGGGUGCGGAUGAUGAAGUGCCGCUGUUGGAUGACGAGGAGGUGGCGCGGGCGGACAAGAAGGUCAUUCAGGCGGUGUUUGAGCGAGUGGUGGAGGCGCAGGCGCAGCUGCACAACUACAAGAGCCUCGUCGUUUUCGCGCUCUUCACCGCCCUCUACCUCCUCAUGCUCUGCCUUCAGCGCGGCAUGCUCAUGCCCACUCACAACACACGACCUCUCAUAGUUCCUGCAUUGUGCAUGCUCGCUCCUCCCCGUGUGUCACGCGUCCCCACCACCAGGCGCAGUCCUUCCAGAGCUACCACGUGGCCACCGCUCACAACGUCCUGCUGCCUCCGGUAUGCCUUUGGCCGCCUCUCCUCUGCCUGCCUGCCUCGCUGGCCCCCUCUAUGCGACUUCAUUUGCUUGCUACUCUGGCACAUGCCAUUGCCACGCCACCACAUGCCAUUGCCACGCCACCACAUGCCAUUGCCCCCUCUCGCCACAUACAUCUCCCCUCUCGCCACAUACAUCUCCCCUCUCGCCACAUGCCUCUCCCCUCUCGCCACAUACAUCUCCCCUCUCGCCACAUACAUCUCCCCUCUCGCCACAUACAUCUCCCCUCUCGCCACAUACAUCUCCCCUCUCGCCACAUACAUCUCCCCUCUCGCCACAUAUAUCUCCCCUCUCGCCACAUGCCUCUCCCCUCUCGCCACAUGCCUCUCCCCUCUCGCCACAUACAUCUCCCCUCUCGCCACAUACAUCUCCCCUCUCGCCACAUACAUCUCCCCUCUCGCCACAUGCCUCUCCCCUCUCGCCACAUACAACUCUCCUCCAACCGCCGCCCCAUGCAAGAUGCUCUCUGACUAUUCAAAGACUGCAAGCUACUCCUUUGCCAGCAGCAGCGCUUUCUACACCUGGCUCAACGACAGCAUCAUUCAGGCCGUAUGGACGGACCCGCAGUGUGGCGACGGCACAUGCACGCCCCCCAUGGAGGUGCCAGCGGUGGGUCGCUUCGGGUGCGCCCUGGACUGCGGGUUGGCCAGCAACGUGACGGCGGUGACGGUGGCGCUGCGCUGGCGCUUUGCAUCCACGGAUGCCAUGGCGGCCUCCUCCUGGAACCUCUGCUCCACCUCCAUCCGCGACGUCUGCUGGUUCGAGGGUGCGCAGGUGUUCACGGAGGUGGCAGGCUGGCACACGCUCACGCUGCAGCUGCCAGACAACGACUGGUUCGUCUCACUCACUGCACCGGACGGCGGGGUGAGCGUGUACGUGUACGAGUCACAGCCCACCACCAGCCAGGACGGACCACUGCUGCCUUCAGCCUCCCUCGACGCAGCUGCGGCAGCAGCAGCAUCAGCAGCACCGCCCUCCUCACCCACUCCCGCGCCUCCCCCCUCUAGCGCCGGCGCCCCUGCCUCCUCACCCUCUGCAGCGCCGUCUCCUUCGGGGGGCGUGAAGGGGAGGGUGCGGCCGUCCAACGGCACGGGCGCUAACGUGCUGCUGGCGCUCAUCGAUGGCUGCGUGGUGGAUGGCGAGAGCGGUCUGCAGCGGUGCAGACAGGCAACCACAGCAACAGUGGCAGCCGAAGAAGCAGAAGCAGGCCCAUCGUCUGCCCGCCUCCUUGCUGCGUUGGCUCCCGAUGACACGAAAGAGCAGAGCCUCAUGACGUCUGUCCUCCAGGUGCCUGCUGCUUCCCCACCCGAGGCUUCACUUCUUUUCCUGCUGCUCUCUUUGCCUUGCACGUUCUUCUCUCUUUGCCUUGCACGUUCUGCUCUCUUUGUCUUGCAAGUUCUGCUCUCUUUGCCUUGCACGUUCUGCUCUCGUUGCCUUGCACGUUCUUCUCUCUUUGCCUUGCACGUUCUGCUCUCUUUGCCUUGCACGUUCCGCUCUCUUUGCCUUGCACGUUCUUCUCUCUUUGCCUUGCACGUUCUGCUCUCUUUGCCUUGCACGUUCUGCUCUCUUUGCCUUGCAUGUUCUGCUCUCUUUGCCUUGCACGUUCUGCUCUCUUUGCCUUCCACGUUCUGCUCUCUUUGCCUUGCACGUUCUUCUCUCUUUGCCUUGCACGUUCUGCUCUCUUUGCGUUGCACGUUCUGCUCUCUUUGCCUUGCACGUUCUUCUCUCUUUGCCUUGCACGUUCUGCUCUCUUUGCCUUGCACGUUCUGCUCUCUUUGCCUUGCACGUUCUGCUCUCUUUGCCUUGCACGUUCUGCUCUCUUUGCCUUGCACGUUCUGCUCUCUUUGCCUUGCACGUUCUGCUCUCUUUGCCUUGCACGUUCUGCUCUCUUUGCCUUGCACGUUCUUCUCUCUUUGCCUUGCACGUUCUUCUCUCUUUGCCUUGCACGUUCUUCUCUCUUUGCCUUGCACAUUCUUCUCUCGUUGCCUUGCACGUUCUGCUCUCUUUGCCUUGCACGUUCUGCUCUCUUUGCCUUGCACGUUCUGCUCUCGUUGCCUUGCACGUUCUUCUCUCUUUGCCUUGCACGUUCUGCUCUCUUUGCCUUGCACGUUCCGCUCUCUUUGCCUUGCACGUUCUUCUCUCUUUGCCUUGCACGUUCUGCUCUCUUUGCCUUGCACGUUCUGCUCUCUUUGCCUUGCACGUUCUUCUCUCUUUGCCUUGCACGUUCUUCUCUCUUUGCCUUGCACGUUCUUCUCUCUUUGCCUUGCACGUUCUUCUCUCUUUGCCUUGCACGUUCUUCUCUCGUUGCCUUGCACGUUCUGCUCUCUUUGCCUUGCACGUUCUGCUCUCUUUGCCUUGCACGUUCUGCUCUCGUUGCCUUGCACGUUCUUCUCUCUUUGCCUUGCACGUUCUGCUCUCUUUGCCUUGCACGUUCCGCUCUCUUUGCCUUGCACGUUCUUCUCUCUUUGCCUUGCACGUUCUGCUCUCGUUGCCUUGCACGUUCUUCUCUCUUUGCCUUGCACGUUCUGCUCUCUUUGCCUUGCACGUUCCGCUCUCUUUGCCUUGCACGUUCUUCUCUCUUUGCCUUGCACGUUCUGCUCUCUUUGCCUUGCACGUUCUGCUCUCUUUGCCUUGCAUGUUCUGCUCUCUUUGCCUUGCACGUUCUGCUCUCUUUGCCUUCCACGUUCUGCUCUCUUUGCCUUGCAUGUUCUUCUCUCUUUGCCUUGCACGUUCUGCUCUCUUUGCGUUGCACGUUCUGCUCUCUUUGCCUUGCACGUUCUUCUCUCUUUGCCUUGCACGUUCUGCUCUCUUUGCCUUGCACGUUCUGCUCUCUUUGCCUUGCACGUUCUGCUCUCUUUGCCUUGCACGUUCUGCUCUCUUUGCCUUGCACGUUCUGCUCUCUUUGCCUUGCACGUUCUUCUCUCUUUUCCUUGCACGUUUUUCUCUCUUUGCCUUGCACGUUCUUCUCUCUUUGCCUUGCACAUUCUUCUCUCGUUGCCUUGCACGUUCUGCUCUCUUUGCCUUGCACGCUCUGCUCUCUUUGCCUUGCACGUUCUGCUCUCGUUGCCUUGCACGUUCUUCUCUCUUUGCCUUGCACGUUCUGCUCUCUUUGCCUUGCACGUUCCGCUCUCUUUGCCUUGCACGUUCUUCUCUCUUUGCCUUGCACGUUCUGCUCUCUUUGCCUUGCACGUUCUGCUCUCUUUGCCUUGCACGUUCUUCUAUCUUUGCCUUGCACGUUCUUCUCUCUUUGCCUUGCACGUUCUUCUCUCUUUGCCUUGCACGUUCUUCUCUCUUUGCCUUGCACGUUCUUCUCUCGUUGCCUUGCACGUUCUGCUCUCUUUGCCUUGCACGUUCUGCUCUCUUUGCCUUGCACGUUCUGCUCUCGUUGCCUUGCACGUUCUUCUCUCUUUGCCUUGCACGUUCUGCUCUCUUUGCCUUGCACGUUCCGCUCUCUUUGCCUUGCACGUUCUUCUCUCUUUGCCUUGCACGUUCUGCUCUCUUUGCCUUGCACGUUCUGCUCUCUUUGCCUUGCACGUUCUUCUAUCUUUGCCUUGCACGUUCUUCUCUCUUUGCCUUGCACGUUCUUCUCUCUUUGCCUUGCACGUUCUUCUCUCUUUGCCUUGCACGUUCUUCUCUCGUUGCCUUGCACGUUCCGCUCUCUUUGCCUUGCACGUUCUUCUCUCUUUGCCUUGCACGUUCUGCUCUCUUUGCCUUGCACGUUCUGCUCUCUUUGCCUUGCAUGUUCUGCUCUCUUUGCCUUGCACGUUCUGCUCUCUUUGCCUUCCACGUUCUGCUCUCUUUGCCUUGCAUGUUCUUCUCUCUUUGCCUUGCACGUUCUGCUCUCUUUGCGUUGCACGUUCUGCUCUCUUUGCCUUGCACGUUCUUCUCUCUUUGCCUUGCACGUUCUGCUCUCUUUGCCUUGCACGUUCUGCUCUCUUUGCCUUGCACGUUCUGCUCUCUUUGCCUUGCACGUUCUGCUCUCUUUGCCUUGCACGUUCUGCUCUCUUUGCCUUGCACGUUCUGCUCUCGUUGCCUUGCACGUUCUUCUCUCUUUGCCUUGCACGUUCUGCUCUCUUUGCCUUGCACGUUCCGCUCUCUUUGCCUUGCACGUUCUUCUCUCUUUGCCUUGCACGUUCUGCUCUCUUUGCCUUGCACGUUCUGCUCUCUUUGCCUUGCACGUUCUUCUCUCUUUGCCUUGCACGUUCUUCUCUCUUUGCCUUGCACGUUCUGCUCUCUUUGCCUUGCACGUUCUGCUCUCUUUGCCUUGCACGUUCUGCUCUCGUUGCUUUGCACGUUCUUCUCUCUUUGCCUUGCACGUUCUGCUCUCUUUGCCUUGCACGUUCUGCUCUCUUUGCCUUGCACGUUCUUCUCUCUUUGCCUUGCACGUUCUGCUCUCUUUGCCUUGCACGUUCGGCUCUCUUUGCCUUGCACGUUCUUCUCUCUUUGCCUUGCACGUUCUUCUCUCUUUGCCUUGCACGUUCUGCUCUCUUUGCCUUGCACGUUCUUCUCUCUUUGCCUUGCACGUUCCGCUCUCUUUGCCUUGCACGUUCUGCUCUCUUUGCCUUGCACGUUCUUCUCUCUUUGCCUUGCACGUUCUGCUCUCGUUGCCUUGCACGUUCUGCUCUCUUUGCCUUGCACGUUCUGCUCUCGUUGCCCUGCACGUUCUUCACCUAUCUCAUCUCCAAACCUGCCUGCCCGGCACAGCGCUCAGCGCCGGUGCAUUGGGCCCCUCACCUCAAAGGUCGCACGGCCUUCCGGUCUUCUUCACACAUUGCCUUCCCCUAUGCCCUUCCCUGCACCCGCCCUUCCUUGCACCCGCCCUGCCCUGCAGCGUCUGCCGCUGCGCCAAUCAAGCGAGACCAGCUGCUCGCUUGGGAGAGCCUCGGGACAGCCAAUGACGAGCGAAUCAGGGCGUGCCAGGUGGCAGUGGCGCGGGCGCUGUACACCGUAGUGAAGGAGAACUGCCUGGCCGGGCCGACCGGUGGCGCCAGCAAUGAUACCACCAGCAGCAGCAGCAGCAGCAGCAGCAGCAGCAUGGGCAGCGGCGGGUUGUUUCUAUCGUCCUCGCCGGCCAAGAGCCUCUCCCUUGCCUCUCGCAAUCGCCUCGUCGCCUUCCUCUGCACACUCUUUGGCGGCCCUGUGGCCGACCACCCCCUCUGCAACUUCACGGAACCCUCCUCUGGGCGGCAUCCAUCUCGGCGCUUCUCUGCCGCCCAGCAGUCUCUCUUCAUCCAAAUCCUCAUCAUGGCGCUGCAGUCAGUCGUGCAGAAGAUGCCAGAUGAUGCCGUCCAAGCUGCCACUCGCCUGCUGCAUGCCUAUGACGAUGCAGUCGUCUCCAAUGCUUCUUCCUGCCCCCAAGGUGCCCUUUGCGUGCUUACUCGCCCCAUUCACGUCGCUCAGCUCUCGUGUUCUGCUGGCUCUGCUGCCAAUGGACAACCCUCUGCUGCCAAUGGACAACCCUCUGCUGCCAAUGGACAACCCUCUGCUGCCAAUGGGCAACCCUCUCCAUUGCCCCACUCACUCACUCACUUCGCUUCAAUUUCCGACUUCACAGUGCUGUGGGACUCAACCUCCUUCGCCCGCCGGGCCAUUGCGGACGGCCAGAGGGUCACGUGGGUGUGGAAUGACGACAAUUACCACGAGCUCAGAGGUGCGCCUGUAGCGAGCUCAGAGGCUGCUCCCUCCCGCACUCCUCCACUGCUCCCCUCUGCACUCCUCCACUGCUCCCCUCUGCACUCCUCCACUGCUCCCCUCUGCACUCCUCCACUGCUCCCCUCUGCACUCCUUCACUACUCCCUCCUGCACUCCUCCACUGCUCCCCUCUGCACUCCUCCACUGCUCCCCUCUGCACUCCUCCACUGCUCCCCUCUGCACUCCUCCACUGCUCCCCUCUGCACUCCUUCACUACUCCCUCCUGCACUCCUUCACUGCUCCCUCCUGCACUCCUCCACUGCUCCCCUCUGCACUCCUCCACUGCUCCCCUCUGCACUCCUUCACUACUCCCUCCUGCACUCCUUCACUGCUCCCUCCUGCACUCCUUCACUGCUCCCUCCUGCACUCCUCCACUGCUCCCCUCUGCACUCCUCCACUGCUCCCCUCUGCACUCCUCCACUGCUCCCCUCUGCACUCCUCCACUGCUCCCCUCUGCACUCCUUCACUACUCCCUCCUGCACUCCUUCACUGCUCCCUCCUGCACUCCUCCACUGCUCCCCUCUGCACUCCUCCACUGCUCCCCUCUGCACUCCUCCACUGCUCCCCUCUGCACUCCUCCACUGCAGGGCCGGGUCGCCUGGCGACAAGGCAGGGGCGCAUUUCACGUACACCAAGGUGUUUGGCACGGCGCAGGACAUGACCGUCAAGGACUCGCCGCAGUCGCUCGCCUCCACUCUCCUCCGCGCCACCCCCCACCCAGGUGCGCCCAUCCCCCAGCCAGGGUGCCACCCCCCAGCCAGGUCAGCCCAUCCCUGCAAGGCAGUGCCACCCCUCGCCCAUGUGCCACCCCCCACGCCCACCCAUGUUCCACCCCCCACCAUGUUCCACCCCCCACCACGUUCCACCCCCCACGAUGUGCCACCCCCCACCAUGUUCCACCCCCCACCAUGUUCCACCCCCCACCAUGUUCCACCCCCCACCCAUGUUCCACCCCCCACCCAUGUUCCACCCCCCACCAUGUUCCAUCCCCCACCCAUGUUCCACCCCCCACCAUGUGCCACCCCCCACCAUGUUCCACCCCCCACCAUGUUCCACCCCCCACCAUGUUCCACCCCCCACCAUGUUCCACCCCCCACCAUGUGCCAACCCCAACCCAUGCGCGGCCAUUCCAGGCACCAGUGGCACUGCCACGUGACAAUCACUCGCACACACACACAUGCAUGCACGGGCCAUCCGUCCUUCAAGCUGCCUCACCUCACCGUCGCUCUCCCCUCCCUCUGCAUGCGCUCUGCCAUCUCGCCUUCUGCCAUCGCCCUCUGCCAUCGCCCUCUGCCAUCUCGCCCUCUGCCAUCUCGCCUUCUGCCAUGGCCCUCUGCCAUGGCCCUCUGCUCUGCGAUGCUCAUUGCAACCAUCCCUGCAACGUGGCACUCUCUCACCCAUCCUCUCGCCUGUCUCCAUGCACUGCCCUCGCCCUGCCCACCCGCCUGCCCCCCAGCAGAGCCGCCACCAGCCACGUCUCUGCGGCCGUACGAGCAGCUGCUGGCCACGCGCUGUGCGCCCGCGUGUGCGCUGGCCAUGCUGGCCAAUGGCCGCUGCGACCCCGCAUGCAACGUGGCUACCUGUGACUUCGAUGGGGGCGACUGUGCCUGCGCCACUGCCGGCGCUGCUGGCGGCAGCAGCAGUGGAAGCGCUGGAGCCGAUGUGCAGUGGUGUGAAUGCUCGCCUGGGUGGGUGUUGCGGAUCUGUUUCCAUGCAAUGUGUGCUUUCAUGCAAUGUGUGCUUUCAUGUAAUCUGUGUUUUCUUGCAACGUGUGUUUUCUUCUCCCGCUGUUCUCCCUCCUCCCCGUCGUCCCCCUCUGCUCCCCCUCUGCUCCCUCCACUUGUGCUGUGCGCCACCCACCGGGGGGAUCUGGGUCAUGCAAUGUGUGCUUCCGUCCAACGUCUGCUUCCCCAUCCUCCCCCAUUCUCCUCCCCCUUCACGCCCCCCCCCCCCCCCCCCCCCCCCUUCUCCCCCGAAUUCUCUCGACCUUCUCCCGCUUGCUCCACAGCGUGCUGUGAGGCGGCGGGAGUGGGAGAGGGCAUCAAGGUGCCCUUCAGGCUGCGCCGCUUUGGCUCCACCGUGCAUCCCCUCGACGCCACUCCCGCCACCAACGCCUCUCUGCUGCCGCGCACUGUCUCCCAGUACAACAGGUGCCGCACUGUCUCCCAGUGCAACAGGUGCCGCACUGUCUCCCAGUACAACAGGUGCCGCACUGUCUCCCAGUACAACAGGUGCCGCACUGUCUCCCAGUACAACAGGUGCCGCACUGUCUCCCAGUACAACAGGUGCCGCACUGUCUCCCAGUACAACAGGUGCCGCACUGUCUCCCAGUACAACAGGUGCUGCACUGUCUCCCCGUACAACAGGUGCCACACUGUCUCCCAGUACAACAGGUGCCGCACUGUCUCCCAGUACAACAGGUGCCGCACUGUCUCCCAGUACAACAGGUGCCGCACUGUCUCCCAGUACAACAGGUGCCGCACUGUCUCCCCGUACAACAGGUGCCACACUGUCUCCCAGUACAACAGGUGCCGCACUGUCUCCCAGUACAACAGGUGCCGCACUGUCUCCCAGUACAACAGGUGCCGCACUGUCUCCCAGUACAACAGGUGCCGCACUGUCUCCCAGUACAACAGGUGCCGCACUGUCUCCCAGUACAACAGGUGCCGCACUGUCUCCCAGUACAACAGGUGCCGCACUGUCUCCCAGUACAACAGUGUGCUGGUGGGGCUGGUCAUUGUGCAGUACCGCUGGAACUCUGACCGCUGUGGUAACAGCAGCCCACGUCCACCAGUCCUCUCCUGCCUCCUGCAGGUUCUCCAGCCCCCUGCACCUUUUGAAUCAGGCCCCUCUCACAUACCCACAUUCACCAUUCCUCUCAUUCCUCCCCUCUCAUCCGCCGCUCCCCCCUGCCUCACCCGGCGUGGCAGGUUCCACUUCCAGGACGCAUGUGUGGGGGGGGAGUCGUCGAGGGCGUUUGGGGUGAACCCGGUGUUCCUGCCGUCCUCGUCGCUCUACAACCCCAAUGUCGCCGUCAGCAACACCACUGCCUUCACCAACCAGCCCUUCGCCAACCCCUUUGAGCUCAACGCCAAGGGGCUGCCCUUCGGCUUCCAGCAGCUCGUGAGUCCCACCUCGCCUUCACCCAUGCGCACCACCUCCCCCUCCAGUCCAGACCCCUUCCUUCCUUUGCCCGGCAGCGGGCGCUUCCCGAUCGUGUUUGACGUGAAUCUGGACAACGCGGGGGCAACGCGGCGGCUGCAGUACUUGGUGGACGGCUUCUUCAUCGACAACUACACCCGCACCAUCCACGUUGGCCUCAUCACCCGCAAUGCCAACGAGCAUCUAUUCACGGCCACCAAGGCCACCCUGACGGUGCAGUCGGGCGGCAGCAUGGAGGCGUCAUUCCAAGUGCAGCCGGUGAACGUGGAGUACUACAACAUGAAUGAGAGCAGCAACGUGCUGCGCCUCGUGGUCGAGCUGCUCUUUGUGGCCGCGGUGGCGUGGAGCAUCGUGGAGGAGGUGAAGGAGAUGCUGUGGACGUGGAAGGUGCAGCGCCGCUCCUUCUGGCACUACGCAAGCAAGGGCUGGAACUGGGUGGACUGGCUCUCCAUCGCCCUCCAGAUCACCGCCAUCGCCAUCUGGCAUACGGCACACGCCAACCACCUUCAUCUUCAUUUCAAUGGCGAGUCCUGUUGCAUGAAGUCAGCCCUCCCAAGUCUGCAUGGGUUGGUGAUGCAUGGUGUGGGCAAGGCAUGGGGUGACGACCAGCCAUGGGGUGGCGGGGCAUGGGAUGAUCAGGCAUGGGAAAAAAGCAAGAGGAUAUCAGUGGCGGUGACGCGAGCACAGGGGUUCACCAUCCAGCCUCACUACGACAUCUACUACACGCUCGACGACAACCCGCGCUACUGGUCGCUGCCCAACCCACCCGUGGGCUAUCAGGCCGCCAUGUCAGCAGUGGACACGCUUGGCUUCGUCACCAACCUCUGCGCCGUCUACUUUGCCCUUCAGGGCAUCAAACCCGACCUAACCCAGCUCUCGGGUCAUGAGCACAAAAGCCGUCUCCCAUGUGUCUCAUCUCUUGCUUAUCUUUCCCCAUCUUUCUUGUCACCAUCCGACCCCGCCAGUGUGUUCAUCAUGGUGCUGCGCCUCUUGAAGCUGAUGGACUUUCAGCCCAACAUGGGCAUCAUGACUCGCUCCCUCCGAGUCGCCAUGCCGUCUCUCCUCCACUUCUUCAUUCUCUUCUUCGUUGUCUUCGUGGCAUAUGCCAUCUACGGCUACCUGGUGUUCGGGAUGACCUUGGAGCAGUUCGUGGCUGUGUCCGUGGAGCUAGAACAGGCCGUGAAGAACAUGGCCGCAGCCAUGCAUGACAAGUUCAGCACGCUGUGGCUGUCCCUGCAGACCUGCUUCUACAUGAUCGUGGGGCAGUUCUACGUGUCGUGGUUCCAGCAGAUGGUGGGGUGGCAGUACGCGGCGGCCAUGGUGUUCUGGUUCUCCUUCGUCAUCAUCUUCUGCUUCAUCCUCUUCAACUUCCUCAUCGCCAUCAUCGUGGAUGCCUUCAUGGCCAUCAAGGAGUCAUCGGACAAAGCACCGGCAAUCUACCAGGAUAUGUACUUGAUUGUGGUGCGCUUCUUCCGCCGCGUGGCAUCGCCGUACACAAGGUACAGCCGCCUGCUGCGCCACCUCAUUCGCCUCGGAGCAGAGAACACCGCCAAUGCGGUCAUGGAGGUGAGCGGCCCGGCCAGGGAGGUGAGUGGGCAGGGAGGUGAGCGGGCAGGGAGGAGGCUGACCUCUGGCCAAAGCUUUCCUGCGUUCUUUCCUGCUCGGCGUCCCACUGCCUCUGCCCUCUUACGGAACCGCUUUCCAUCCCUUCCCAUUGUCCCAUUGUCCGCCACUCUGCAGAAAAGCCUUGGGAAGUCUGGUCAGCAAUGCCUCUCCUCGAGCUUUCAGUGCAGCAGGGAGGUGAGAGGCAGCAGGCGUGAUACUGAUGGAGAAAGGUGGGAGGAUGCUGACAGUGAUGGCGAACUGGGGAGAAUUGGAGCAGAGGAGGGAAGGGAGGAGAAAGAAGAGGAGAAGAGGGGGGGUGGUGCGACGGAAGGUGUUCCUUACAAUGCCUUGCAAGCACAGGCCCAUUUUGAUGCGCAGCAACAAGUGCUAGCCAUGGUGGGAGCAGAAGAGACUGGUUUAAUCCGGGGAGAGAGCACCAAGGGGUUGUUGGCGAGUGGUGGGGUCGCCAAGUCCCAGGCAGCCGGCAGCACCAACACUCAGCUGGCCGCCCAUGCUUCCACCACUGCUGCUGAUGCUUGCACGAUAGUUGCUGAUCCUGCCACCAUGGGUGGCAGCAUGGUAAAGCCGGCAGUGCAGAGGCGGCGGAGCUUCUGGCGGCUGAAAACGCUGGAUGAGCGGGAGACUGUGGUGGUGGUGGGGGAGAGGCAGCUCAACGCCCACUCGCUCUCUUCCAUCCUGCGCCGUGCACACGCCCGCAUGGUGAGAUGGGGGCACUGCAUGCAUGCCAAGGGAUGGGAUGAGCAUUUCAUGCACACCCGCUGGAGAUGCUCACCUGCAAACGCUGAGGGAGGCGGGGGAGUGCUGCUCACACUUCAUGCCUUUCUCUCCCAUGCCAUCCCAUCCCAUCCGCCCCUGCAGCGGCGCUCUCUCCCCGACGAGCAGGAGGAGGACCCCAUGGACGUGGCAGCGCUGGGGGCGGUGCUGCUGUCGGAGCUGGGGGAGAGCGCGCCGCCUGCCGAAGCCACGGAGGGAGGCGAGGCGGCAAAGGAGGGCGACCUGCUGGCCAUGCAGCGCCACGUGGAGGCGCUGCAGGCCGACGUGGCCCGUGGCUUCGACCAACUUCGCGAGCAGCUCAGCAGCAAGCUUCAGAGCUCCCAUCGCAUCCAGUUGGCACAAGCACCCAGUCAGGACCUCCUCCCGGACCAGCCAAGCGAUGGUCAGGAAGAGGCCGGGCGAGGAGCAUGGGAGCAGGUUUUGAUGCAGGUGGGGAAGGUUCGGGAGGAGGCUGAGAGGGAACGAGCAGAGGUUUGGGAGGUGGUGCGUGAAGUCCGACGAGAGAUACAAUUGCUACGGGCAGCAAGAGGGGAGGGGAGAUAG